AGGUCGACAGCAACGAAUUCCACAGAGCUUGGUUUCUUAUGGCUCCGUUGAUAUCAUUAACGACUGCGUUAUGUCGGUACUUGAACAGCAUCCCUCUUCCAUUUCCUAAGGUUAUAUAUACUCUGAGCAGCAUGAGAUCUAUGAAAUAUAACCUUCUGUACUUCUGUAUUCGUGCCGUAAUUUAUCAGCGGCUAACCCAGAUGGGCGAAAUAUCACACGGCAAUUCGCAAUGUGCGGCAGUUGGCCAAUCAGAACGCGUUCUACAGCCGCCGGUGUGAUGAGUCGCUUAACUGCCCACGCUAAGUUCUAUUCAGCUUAGACCCUUUACACACCCUGUCACACUAAACUCUCUUUGGACAAGGCGCUUGGCGGCGGCUCGCAAUCUCCAACCAUCCAACUUCCGACUCUUCGCUCGCUCUUCUUUCUCCCUUCCUCCAAAACUCUCCCUCCGCCAAACCCGUGCCUCUCAUUCUCCCGCAGCACAUCCCCUUCCCGCCCUCCCCCCACCACCACAAACACUCUUUUAUGCCUUCAUAUUGUUGCUUGCUACGUGCUUCUGCCUCGGGGCCACCAAGCUAUGGAUCCUAGUAGCAUGGUGCUCCCAUCCGCCUCGAUGACGUCUACCCUGGCAAACGGUCACCAGUCCCCCGUCGCAAAUGAUGUCCAGGUUAUAGAUGAGAAUCCAUCGAUACCAACCUUCGAUAAUCUGUCCGACUUGUCUGAAACAAGUCCCGACGAGCAAGAUGCUUCCGACGAAGAUGUAGAUCAUGACCAGAGCGGGGAUGCGGAGUCGGAUGCCGCAGAGGAGUUUAAUCCGGAGAUGAGUUCGGACUCCUCAGACAAUGAGGAUGAUCUCGAUGGUCAAGCUUCUCCAGCUGCUCAACACCAUAUUGCUGAGGAUGAAAGCGAUUCCGCCACUGAAGACGUUUCCGACGCGCAAGCCGCCUCGUUCUCUGGCAACUCAUCGACCCAUAACCAAAAGAAGGGCACAAAACGAAAAUCUCCCAUAAUCGACGAUGACUUUAUAAGAAACAAUCCAAGCCUCUACGGCUUACGUCGAAGUGGCCGCUCAAGAUCCAUUCGUCAAAAUGUCCAGACUACCUCCGAUUCCGACUCUGAAGCCGUCGCACCUCCUUCAAAGCGGAGACGCCGUACACCAAAUCGCCCAUCCAAACAACUCUCUCGCUCUCAGUCCAUUGAUUCCGUGUCUGAUUCUGAUAGUGAUGAAUAUCAGGGUUCGCGUAGUAGAACCUCAAAAGCAAAACGUCGACGGAUGGCGCAAUCCUCCGAUAACCUAAUACCUGCACAUGCCGAAAUUCGCUUUUCAACUAGACGUGCGAAUAGAGUAUCAAAUUAUAACGAAGAUGAUGACGAUGAUGACUUUGAAGAUGAAUCGGAAAUGAUGACACCGGGAGACUGGGUGACUGCGGUCGAUGAUACAACCCCAGCCAUUGAUGUAGUACUAAAUCACAGGUUUAAGGAAGGCAUUGAUCUUUCCCGAGAUGAUCUUAGUCGAGAUGACUUUGAGUUCUACAUCAAAUGGCAAGGGAAAUCCCACUACCAUGCAACAUGGGAGACCGUGGCAUCCCUUGCGAGCUGUAGGAGCGUGCGCCGAUUAGACAAUUACAUUCGCAAGAUCCUGACCCUAGAGAUACAGUACGCAAGAGACCCCGAAAUCAUUCCUGAGGAGAAAGAAAAAUGGAACCUUGACCGGGAACGUGAUGUGGAUGCUAUAGAAGAUUAUAAAAAAGCAGAGCGUGUCAUCGGCUCUCGUGAGAUAGACGGUGAAACUGAAUACUACGUCAAAUGGAAACGACUCUUCUAUGACUACUGUACUUGGGAACCCGCGUCCCUAGUCAGCGAGAUCGCUCAGCGGGAGAUCGACCGCUAUCUCGACCGCACCUCUCACCCACCCAUUUCUAGCAAAUCGGAAUCAAACCCCUUAACCCGAGCCCACUUUGAGCCUAUUCACGGGACCCCGAGCUUUGUUCAGAACGGUGAGCUCAAGGAAUUCCAAGUAAAAGGGGUUAACUUCAUGGCAUAUAACUGGGUUCGUGGCCGGAAUGUGGUUCUUGCGGAUGAGAUGGGUUUAGGAAAGACCGUUCAAACUGUGGCCUUUAUCAAUUGGCUGCGGCAUGUCAGGAAUCAACAAGGCCCCUUCAUUGUUGUUGUGCCGCUCUCCACAAUGCCCUCUUGGGCAGAAACUUUCGACAAUUGGACUCCUGACUUGAAUUAUGUGGUUUACAACGGCAACGAAGCUGCCCGAAAUAUUAUAAAGGAAUAUGAAUUAUUGAUUGAUGGAAAUGUUAGACGACCUAAGUUCCAUGUCCUCCUGACUACUUACGAAUACGUUCUCGUGGACGCGACCUUUCUUAGCCAAAUCAAAUGGCAAUUCAUGGCCGUUGACGAAGCUCAUCGGUUGAAAAAUCGCGAAUCGCAACUUUAUGCUAAGCUCUUUGAAUUCAAGUCGCCUAGUCGACUGCUGAUUACUGGAACCCCGGUGCAGAAUAACCUAGGCGAGCUCUCUGCUCUGAUGGAUUUCCUCAAUCCUGGGCUGAUCCAGAUUGAUGAGGAUAUGGAUCUAGGUUGUGAAGCAGCCAGUGUUAAAUUGGCGGAGCUAACUAAAUCUAUCCAGCCUUACAUGCUUCGUCGGACUAAAUCGAAGGUCGAGUCAGAUUUACCUCCCAAGUCGGAGAAGAUCAUUCGAGUCGAAUUGUCCGACAUACAACUGGAGUACUACAAAAACAUACUGACGAAAAACUAUGCUGCCCUCAACCAAGGAAGUAAAGGACAGAAACAAUCCCUUCUUAAUAUCAUGAUGGAGCUCAAAAAAGCUAGCAACCACCCCUUCAUGUUUCCCAACGCAGAAUCUCGCAUUCUAGAGGGCAAAACUGGCCGUGAAGAAAUGAUGCGUGCCCUCAUCACGAGCAGCGGAAAGAUGAUGUUACUGGAUCAACUCUUGGCCAAACUGAAAAAGGACGGUCACCGUGUCUUGAUUUUCAGCCAAAUGGUCCGCAUGCUUGACAUCUUGGCUGACUAUAUGGAUGUUCGUGGCUACGCCUAUCAACGGCUAGAUGGAACAAUCGCCGCCGGUCCUCGACGCCUUUCUAUCGAGCAUUUUAAUGCCCCAGAGAGCAAUGAUUUUGCGUUUCUUCUCUCCACUCGUGCAGGAGGCUUGGGGAUUAACCUCAUGACUGCUGAUACCGUCGUCCUCUUCGAUUCUGACUGGAACCCUCAGGCUGACCUUCAAGCAAUGGCACGUGCACAUCGAAUUGGCCAGACUCGCCCUGUGAGCGUUUAUCGCCUCGUUUCUAAGGAUACUGUUGAAGAAGAGGUUCUCGAAAGAGCAAGAAAUAAAUUGCUCCUCGAAUUUAUUACUAUCCAGCGAGGAGUUACUGACAAGGAAGCAACUGAACUUAAAGACAAGAUGACACGUGCUGGCCACCAAAUCAGUGAACCGACCUCUUCUGACGAUAUAUCCCGCAUUCUCAAGCGACGCGGCCAGCGCAUGUUCGAGCAAUCUGGCAACCAGAAGAAGUUAGAGGAAUUAGAUAUUGAUUCUGUCCUGGCGAAUGCUGAAGAGCAUAGAACUGAACAACCCGAAGGCAUGGAGGUAGACGGUGGAGAGGAGUUUCUAAAGGCCUUUGAGUUUGUCGACGUUAAAGUGGAUGAACUCACAUGGGACGACAUCAUUCCGAGGGAGGAACUCGAACAAAUCAAAGCAGAAGAAGAACGUAGAGCGCACGAGCAAUUCCUGGCGCAAGAGAUUGAGCGAAGUCAGCCGCGCAAACGGAAAGAGCCAUUCGAUGGGCGACAGGAGCGUCAAGCGAAACGACGAGCCCGGCAACAAGUCAAUAUCGACGCUGAUGACGUAUCAGAUGCACCACCGCCGCCUGAUCCGAGCAGGCCUCUUAGUGAGAAGGAAUAUAGACAUCUCAUCCGCGCGUACCUUCGAUAUGGCGACAUAAAUGAUCGGCAAGACGAUUUAAUCAGAGAAGCAAGGCUCAGUGACCGAGAUAUCGAUGUUGUGAAAGCUGCAUUGGCCGAGGUAAUCGAGAAGGCCCAUGCUCUAUUAAAGGAGGAAAAUAACCGCCUCGAUGCCCUCGAGCGUGAAGGCAAAAGCUUCACUAAGAAGGAACGGAAAGCAAUACUCUUUGACCAUCAAGGUGUUAAGCGGCUUAAUGCAGAGACAAUCGUUGAGAGACCAAAUGAGAUGCGAAUUCUGAGGAAUGCUACGGCCGAUGUAGCUGACCCUCAAAACUUUCGCGUUCCUGAAGCUACGAAAGGUGCUGACUAUACCUGCGCUUGGGGCGCACGUGAAGAUGGCAUGCUCUGCGUUGGAAUAGCUCGCCAUGGCUAUGGCGCCUGGACACAGAUCCGCGACGACCCUGAUCUUGCUCUUGCCGACAAGCUCUUCCUUGAGGAACAUCGGGUUGACCGGAAAGCGGAGCGUAUGAAUGGCGGCGGAAAGGGCACGACAAAGUCCCCUGGAGCUGUCCAUCUGGUCCGUCGCGCAGACUAUCUUUUGUCGGUUCUGAAGGACAAGAUAAGCAAUGGUGCUAGUGUCAUUGCGAAGAGGGCUGUGGAUAACCAUCAUCGCAAUAACAAGAAAAAUGCUAUACAUUCUAGAGGCAAUGCAAGCGGUAGUGUCUCAGCCUCCCCUUCACCUUCCCUCUCUCGCAAAGCCCGAGACUCAGACAAAUCCCGAUCUCGUGUCCACAAGUCUCGAGAUAGCGCCGAUCUUUCGAACACCCCCACAGGUGACAACAGGCCUGGCCACGGCUCUAGCAAGCAUCGACGUUUGAAGGACCACCGGCGAGACGAGAACGAUCGCGAUCGUUCCGGCAAAGCCCGCAUGAAGGCUCGUGGGGAAGAGAAGGAUCGUUAUCGCCAUAGCAAUGACAGCGGUGGAACCGGUGUCGACAACAACAGUAACGACGCAAUACUCAAAGUUAUCUUCAAGCCCGUCCAAGAACAUCUUAGGAAGGUAUCUCAAGUCACCAAGGAGAACAUCCCAAGCAAGCAAGAUCGAGCGGGAGAGUUGCGCCGGUUACUUCUCCUGAUUGGCCGGUUUAUUCGAAGCACUUUGGACGGGAACGAAGCACGAGCUUCGCUAGAGGACCGGUUGUGGGGAUACGCUGCGACAUAUUGGCCCAACAAAGCCACGCCAGCAGCUGCGCUGCAUAACAUGUUCGAUCGCCUUAUGGAGGUUGAGAAGGCCGAAUCGACCCAACAACGAUAAUACACAAGGACCCUUUUCAUAUCUUUGUGCUGGCUACCGUUGUCUUACGAGACCCUUUCAGAUUUGGCCUUUAAUUUUUUUUUAUAUUUUUUUUAUCUCAGUUCAUGUUUUUUACCUCUUGUUAACGCGCCAUCUCGCCGAGCGUCGGGAGGCGUAGGCUUCCUUUCUUUCCUCCCUCCGCAUUUUGGGUGCAUUUGCCCAGCAUAUAUUUGAGCUUUUUGAGCUUGGAGUUUUUAUGGAGGGGGUGUUAUAUUUACUUAAAACUACAUGACAUUGCCCAUCUGCAUUACUUUCUCACCUGUCGCUUUUAACAUUCUAGACUUCCCCAGCAUGAUGGGUGGCGGAUCGUUAUCUUAUCUUUAUAUUCACUAUCUAUCAUCAUGUUUUCUCUGUUCUUUCUUUCUCUCUUCAUGUCGAUGUUUAGCUCUCUCUUAUUUGCUGCAUAGCGACGGUGUUUUUAUUCUACGCUAUUCGCCAACCUUCAGAGCGGUGGGACUUUUGUGUAUCAGAUCUCUUUUUUUAAGUGGGUGUAUGAGUGAGUGAGACGACGAGUUCAAUCUUUGUUGAUUUAACGCAGUUUCCUAAAAAACCCUCUACUUUUUACAGGGCAGAUUAUCUUGCUAGAUAUUCUUUCUAUUAUAACAUGGUGCUCUUCACCUGUUUUCUGUGCUCAUAUGUGUCUUCUUUUCCGAUAUAUAAUCUUUUCUUUUUCUCUCCAAAUACAUUAUCAUGUCAUUCCUGGCUGGCUGGCUGGCUGGCUCGUGCGUUGGAGGUUGCGGAGUUUGUUCUCUUUUCUCCUUGAGGCUGGAACGGAUUAACAAAAGAAAUGUCCCACGGGGGGAGUUCUACCAAGUCAUUCUUGAAUUUUGGUCUUGCGUAUAUCUUAUUUCUUGACAAAAGUGAAAAAUAAUAAUACGUCUACAGGAGGAUGCUAUUUCUUGUAUUCAAUAUUCUUUGUGAAACAAUCUUCUCCCCAUCUUAUAUUCGACGUAUCCGAAUACUGGUAGGGUGGGAUCUAAGUAACUAUGAAUAAUGUUUCUUGGUAUGGUUGAGUUUUCAGGCUAUCAGGAUAAGCUGCAUACAUAUAUAUCAAGACAGCCUACGGUAACCUGCCUCUAUUGAGCUCAUUCUUCCGUCAUAACCUCUUAACUGCACCGUUUUGGCAUCCCUCUAUCACUCGAAAAUAAACUAUCCUGAGGGCCAUGGAGGUCAAUAGACGACACGAUCACUGUUGAAAGAUUAAUUACCCAACGGCUCCCAACCAAAUCGACAGCGCCUCGACUAAAAUGCUAUCCUCCAUUUGGCAAUCUCGGUCAAUCAGUUUCCAACAAACAGUACAGGGAAACGUAUUCAAGGCAAUCAAUCAUUGGUCGAUACCGGCGUUAGUCUGCCAAGGACAACAGAAAGAGGAUUGUCGUUGUUGAAACCCGCGGGUUUUGUCAGGGAUAUCAGACAUCUAUUUGGUUUCAACUUUCUGGUCAAGGAGCAAGAACUGCAAAUUAUGCCCAACUAUUUUUGUAAGAGGGUCGUGGCAUUUUUUUGCAGUAUGUGUUCGUGCUAUUCGGGGUGAGCUCUCUAGGCGAAGUCAAUGGCCGUUCCGGUUAUUUCAGUCGACGCGUUGUCAAGUGGGUAGGGAUAGAGGAAAUAUACAUGACGUAUUCUGAGAUAUGGCAAUUGAUUGUUAAGUUAUCAAAGUUUACAAGAAAGAAACAAGCCCAACCUGGGGAUAUUUGACGCUGUAAAUCGGUGCUAGAUGCUAAAAUAAUACAGUAAUAAUAAUGAAAGGAAAAGCCGCCGCCCUUCCCAUGAAAUAUCAAAAUCAAAAUAGUCUGUUCGCCCAAAGUCUCUUAACAUGAAUGCUCGUUAACGAAAUAUUCCACUAUCAUGAAAAGCAAGGAGUGGGAAACCGAAAAAAAAAGGAAUUAGGCAUGUGAAUUCGCUACUAAAUGAUCAAAACGUCGACUGGUCCCCUCCCUCUCCAGGGGAUGUCAUGUAUCGAGCCUAGGUGACUCAGGACGCUCAUUCGAUCUUGAUACCUCGGGCCGUUUGCUCGCAAUAACUGACAACGACGCUUCGUUUAAGGGCAUGGCUCCAUUCGUCCCUGGAGCAAUAGCUAUGUCCUCUGCUGAUAUAGCAGAUUUGAACACUCGAAGUUCAGCAUGUAUAACGUCCUCGAAAAUUAACUCCUUGUCUCUCCAUGACUCUUUUCGCAUUGGCUCGAUUAUUUCCCAGUCCUGCUUCAGCUGGGCGGCUUCUUGAUCAGCCCAGUGGAGCUGGCGACGUAGAAGAUAGCAUAGUUGCUCUGGGGGGAGGGAAAGUUCAUGUUCGUCAAAACCCAAUUCCGGGCUCAGAUACGGUAUUGUUGCCUGGUCGGAAUCCUUCGUUACAUCGCUUUUAUCUCCAUCGUUGCUACCUUCCUUAGCGGGCUGUGAGAGCUUUAAUUUGAUUCUGGGUGUUCUAGUUGUGCCCGUAGCAGUUCCGCUGGCUCCUUUUGCAGUCGCAUCUGUAGGGCGAAGUGCAUCCGUUUCAUGAACCGUUCGCAUGUGUUUUGUAAGUGCAUCCGAGCGUGUGAAGCUACGAUCGCAUUCUGUCAUUGGGAGAGAUGUCAGCCAUGUUUAAACUUGAAAAACCGCGACAAAUGUAUAUAUUCUCUAAGGUCACAGGAGAUGGGCUCACCUGGUAAAGUACAAUAGAAGGGCUUCUCCUUCGUAUGGCUCCUUACGUGCGCUCGCAAUGCGUAUCCGCUGGCAUGAGUCUGGCCUUUCCGGCCGCAAUCGCUCCAUUCGCAUAGGUAUUUCUUUUGUCGAGACCCGAUGUGAUCUUCGUGUAUGUGUUUGACAAGCGCAUCCAUGUUUCCUAGAUCAUUCGCAUCGCAUCCUUCCCAUUGGCAAACGGUAACUUGAUCCCGCCCUUGUCCGCUAUAGUCGUCCUCAAUGCCGCCACCGAUGAGCGCAAGCGUUAGGGGAGAGUUUGGUAGCUCCCCCGAGCUAUCGGAAGAGAUCGAGGCAGAAGGGGAUGCCGGAGGUAUAUCUUCGUGAACCGAUGAGAUAGGAGUAUGACGAUCCCAGGAUGAGAUCCCAGUCCGACGGCGCUUUGAAGGUGGCAUCUGGGGGGUUGAAACGGUGGGAGAGUGAGGGUGGUCCUCAAACUUCAUGUCCUCCGCGAACUCCUCAGAAGCAAGAGAAGAGAGAGGGGAGCCGGGGGAGUCAGCCAUUGUGAGAGCGGGGGCUGUGAUGUGUUAAUCAACCUGUCAAAGGAAGUGAAUAGAAAUUAUCUGGAUGGAAGCACCACUGCAAUCUGUUUUCUCAACCGGUGUUGAACAAUGAACAUUCGAGCUGGAUGCGGCUCCCUGAACUUUGGGAAUCACGUGGCUGCACGCUGAAAGAUAAAAUCGCGAACAUCAACAAAAUGUUCAACCUCAACUUUCCUUGCUUCAAUAAGGAUUCUUCACUUGGUGAAACUGCAUCUUUCCAUACAUGUUAUGUUACAUUCUAUUAUGCUACUUAAGCAAGGAAUACUCGCCAUUGUCAUGAGCAAUAGCUGCUGUUUGAGUUUACCUGAUUACCUGACACUUCCGACUUUGGGUUCGAUGGCUCAAAAAAAAAAAAAAAAAAAGAAAAAAAAGAAAAAAAAGAAAAAAAAUCGUGGAUUCUAGGAACAUUACUGCAUUCCAUGAACUUUCAUUCAGAACAAUGCCUUCAACUGAAACUCAUUUUCAUAGUAGACCACGUUCUCUAGCAACACGUUCUGUAUGAUCCUACUCCCAUACUCACAAUGAAGCUUCCUAAGACCGGGAACUCGCUUCUGCUCCCUCUUAAAACGACGGAUAUCUUGCCCCAAUGAUAUUGCUUGCUUUGAUCGUCUCAUCGAUCCCCUUCAUUUCUUCAGCAGAAAAUAGGGGUAGGGUUGCAAGCCCUGACACCCGUUCUUUCGAUUUGGCUCAUAGUAUCGGAGUAAUCGUGGGCUUUGCUGAUGGCCCUAUCCAAAUCAAUACGACCUGAGCAGGGGUUGUUUUCUUUCUCCGGGCAAACGAUAUAACCCUAUCAACAAAUUCAUGGUUUGCGCUUGAAGCAUCGUCCUGGAAUCUCGUUAGGUAUUUGCGGAUAUCUCCUGCGGGAAUAUCGGAGGGUUUGGCUAUCCUGCCCUUUGGCCCCUUACGGACUCUGAAGGGCGAGUGUAGCAUCAGCUACGUACUCCUAUAACCGGGUGGAUGGUCGAUACACUUGCGAAAACGAUGUAAAUAUGUAUUGUUUGAUGAAAGAGGAGCUGAACUUCGGGGUAUGUAUUGAUUAUCGUGUCAAAAAUGCUAACAUCAUUGACUAUGCCAGAGGUAUAUAUAAGUGCCUGUGGGGCUCAGCACUUCACCGAAAAGAGCGCAAAUGCCGGAUUGGACAGGGCUAUGCCGGGCGAUGGUAUGGGAGACGGCUAUUUCCUGUGGGGCCAGACCCUAUUAUUAAAAGUAGGGAAUAACCAAGUUUACGAAAACCGCUGCUUGAAUAGUCAUAUAGCCUUGUUUAUGUUAGCAUUCUGUCUAGUGGUUGUGUACAUACCCCAGGAUAAGUUGAAUGGUGAUAUGGUUAUGCCUGCCAGCCUAACAGCCAUCGGUUCAGAUGCGUUCCCUAACCCGCAGGGCUCAAACACUUGCGUUGCGUUGACCGUGGCUUCAACAUCGGAACAUUGGCCAUGGUAAGCUUUACUGUUGAGCGUUACACCUAUGAUUACGCGAAAAAUAUGCUAUCCGCCUUCUUUCAGCCGUUAUGUUGGAGCUUCUUCACGGGAUAUCAGUCUAGCUAGAACAAUGAUGUGAUCUAUCAUCAGCCUCGAGAUGUAGGGCUACCAGAAUAGAAAGAUGGCCUCGGGCUUCAGAACUAAUUGGCAGCUAUAUGUAGGCUCCUUAGUAAAUUUAAUGGACGUUUUUACAGUGCUUAAGUAACAAUGUAAGAUAUACUCAAAAGA